CUUGCAAACCUUAUAGAUAAUAGCUGGCUUUCGCCGCAGUUCAAUAGCUGGACGUGGCAAAUACUCUUGGGGCUUUCAUUGGAAUAAGCUCGUCUUCCCCCAAUGCCCACAAACAAACGAAAGAAGGGAACUCAUCUACGAUCGGGCUCACAAUCUCAAUUGAAGCCAUGGCGACUUUCACAAAGACUUACUUCCUCUGUCCCACCAGCGAGUUCAUUCAGGCCCCUCCCGCUGGUCCGUUACGGCUGGGCUCCCUACUCCGGUCCACAGCGACGCCCCAGUAUCCUCUCAAUGCCACGUGCAAUAUCCCUCUGGCACAGGACUCUACUUCUUUUGUAGAGACCGCUUGGAAGAAAACAGUCUCGGCCGAAAUGGCUCUAGGCCUCGGCGUCUAUGCAGAAUUCCUACGACUCGGUCUUGGUCCUGAAGCCAGUGCCGAUCAUUCCAACCAAGCGUCCAGCGUCUUUGCGUUUGAUGCCAUAACAACAUCAUCAUUCGACCCAGAGCCGCAGUAUGUUAAGGAAGCCAUCAAAGCACCCGCGGUGCAGGCCUACUUGAAAGAGCGGAAGCAGCGCUUCGCCCCCACCGUCUCGCUCUACCUCGUGACCGGCUUAAAGCUCGUCAAAGGCGCAAACAUCAAGUAUUCGACGUCGAGCAGCACGGACGUCAAAGCAAAUAUCGGCAUCAACGUGGCCCCUCUCGGCCUGACCAUCGGCCCAAAAGGCCACUGGACGAGGAAGAGUGAUAACGAAACUGAAUUCAACAGGGAGUCCGACUUCGUUUUCGCGUUUCGCGUGAAGCGGCUCAAAUUUGGACUUAGAAGAAAGCUGGAGGCAGAAGAUUAUACCACAGGUGCAUUCUUGACGACUGGGGAGGAGGCAGAUGACAGCGAACAGGAAGCUUGUCUGAUGGACAACGUGGAUGGCUCCUCUAGCGCAAACGCUAGUUUUGUUAGUGAUGCCACUGAGGGCGAGAGCGUGUACUGCAUUCCUGCAUGAUCCAGGCUGGAUAUUUUUAUGGAUACGAUCACAACAAGCUUUCUCUUUAUCAACAUAUUAUUGGGAUCUCUGUUCGAGUGACCAUUUUCCUUCUUGGUGUUUACUGAAACAUGCCGCCCCUGAUUUGCUUGAUUCUGGUAUAUAUCUCGUCCCUUGAUGAUCCCAUGCUCGACAGAAAGUGCGGCAGGAUGUAGUCGUAACCGGCGCCUCUCUUGCCCUUCGUUAUACUCUUGAGCACAGCUUCCAUGGAGUCAAAAUCUUUCAGCCACCUGCCUAGUCGGUCGGGAUCAGUAGGCGAAUCCUGCUCUUGUUGCCUCACAAGAGAGAGGAGCGAAGCAGCAAGCCCGGCGGCGAUUGGCGUCGCUAUCGAUGUCCCAGACAU